CUCUCACCAUGCUUUUUCUGUCUGUUCUUCAUGUAUUAGGGGGCAGUGCCUAGGCUCUUGUUUUCUUCCCAUAGGUUCACUCAUUGUUCUGGAAUCCUGAUAUGAGGCAAGGGGACGGUUUCGACAUAGAGAAGAGGCAGCUUUACGUUGCACAUCAGCAAACAUGACAGCAAUGACGGCCACCAUCCUUAUUCUGACCACUGUUUCUCUUCUAUCUACAGGGAAGAAAUUCCGAUGGUGCACCCUUUCUGACCUGGAGCAGAGGAAGUGUGCAGAGCUUUCCAAAGUGCUUCUGAAUGUGUUGCCUCCUGCCACAAUCAGUUCCUUUGGCAGAGUUUCCUGCAUCAGAGCUCAUAACACCCACGACUGCAUUGAAAAGAUAAGGGUGAAUAAAGCAGAUGCUGCCUCUUUGGAUGCUGGAGAUGUUUAUUCUGCUGUAAAGCUUUAUGGCCUGACUGUGGUGGCAAAGGAAGUCUAUGUGGAAGGUACCUGCAUGUUUGCUGUAGCUGUUGCCAGACGAGGAGAACUGAAUAUCCAAAAGCUAAAAGGUACCCGUAGUUGCCACAAUGGAGCCAGGUGGACUUCAGGUUGGAAUAUCCCUUUUGGCUUUCUUCUAGCUAAAAAGUACCUGAUGUGGGAUGAAAAUCAGCCCCUAACCCAUGCGAUCAGUGGUUAUUUCAAUGCCAGCUGCAUCCCCGGCAUCGGAAUUACCACCCCUCAGCUAUGCAUUCUUUGCCAAGGUCAGAAGUCUUACAUCCGGGAGAAGAACCACUUUUGUGAGUCCAGUGGUGAUGAGCCCUUCUAUGCUUCAGAGGGAGCCUUCAGAUGUUUGAAGAGUGGGAUAGCAGAUGUUGCUUUCCUGGAUCACCUAACAAUGAGGAAUGCGACAGAGUCAGAACAAGAAUAUGAACUUCUGUGUCCUGAUGGGUCCACAGCAUCUUUGAAUGCCUAUGCCACCUGCAACUUGGGCCAUGGGCCAGGACAUGCCAUUGUUACUCGCUAUAAUUUCCAGAAGAUCACCAAGAAAUUUCUUACUUUGAUCCAGAACCUAUUUGGAAAGAAGGGAAAGGAAAAGGCCAGGUUUGAGCUGUUCACUUCUGCACCGUUCAGUGGAAAGAACCUGCUAUUCCAUGAUGCAACUCAGUACUUGCAGGUAGUUGAAGAGGAGGCUGAACUCAGUCAUGUCCUUGGCUUGGAUUAUGUUGCUCUCCUGCAGGCUUUGGGACAUGAAGGGAGUUCCCUAUCCAACAGUCUGGUGCGCUGGUGCUGUAUUAGCAGUGCUGAGCUCCAGAAGUGUGAGGAGUGGGCUCUGAAUGUCAAGUCGGACCCUCUGGUGUGUGUCCAAGCAGACUCUAUGAUCAACUGUAUUGAACUGAUCAAGAACAAUGUGGCAGAUGCUGUUACACUGGAUGCCACACACACCUAUUUUGCCAAGAAGUGUGGGCUAGUUCCUGUUGUUGCAGAGUGCUAUGUUGCAUUUGUAUCCUGCCCUCCCCACGAAAAGAUCAUUCUUGUGGAUGACCUGAUGCAAUUAGUCUACCUUGCCACACCAUCUUUGUUCAGUGGAUUAAUGCUACAAGAUAAAUUUUCCCCAAAAGCUAGAAGAGAAGAGGGACAAGAGAUAUCGACUCCCCGUACAGCACUGCCUCCCACCUUCGCAGUUGCCUUAGCAAAGAAGAAUGACAAGCACAUAAAAAUUCACAAUCUGGAGGGAAGGCGCUCCUGCCACAGCCAUGUGUACAGUCCCGGAGGAUGGCUGCUUCUUUCUCAAUACACUGUGGGGGCACUGGAGAAUGAGUCCCUCAGCUGCAACAUCAGCUCUGCUUUCCAGGAUUUCUUUUGGAAGAGUUGCAUGCCAGGAGCCAAUGGGAACCUUUGUAAAGUCUGCAUUGGACAAAAGGAGAUGGAAGGAGGCAAGGGAUUGGCUAGGUGUGCUGCCAAUCAUAACGAACGCUACUAUGGAAACAUGGGUACUCUCAGAUGUCUCCUUGGCGACCCCAGUGGGAGAAACUUUGGUGAUGUGGCUUUCUUGGAACAUCAUAACCUGCUCCAAAAUAUUGAGUACUUGGAGAGCUCAGGCUGGGGGACAGGAAACACUCCCAGUGACUUUGAACUCUUGUGCCCGGAUGGACAUCGUGCUGCAAUAGAGGACUGGAAGGCCUGCAACCUGGGCCUUGUUCCUCCUAACAUAGUGGUGACACGCUCGAUGGCUGUUAGUAAGGUCAAUGAUUUCCUGCGGCAAUCACAGGAACCAAGCUUGGGGUCUACAUUUCAGCUCUUUCAGUCACAACAGUAUGGAGAGAGUGACCUCCUCUUUAAAGAUGCCACUCACUAUCUUGCUCCCACAAGCCACCUGGAUUAUGAGGCAAUUAUUGGAACAUCUUUCUUCCAGCUUGUAGAAUCUGUGUUCAACUGCACACAUGCAGACAUCCUUGACAUCUGCAGACAAGAUACUUGCACCUAUGCUGCCCCACACUGAAUGUCUACUGACAAACUCCAUGGACUGAAGCAGGAAUGUGGUGUAAGGCUUGCUAAAUAAACUUACAUGAGGACGACUAGCCUAGAGCAGCUUGAUAGUUUCAUUUUCCAAAAAUACAAAAUGGG